UAUUGAGCUGUGAGCAGUGUUCUGUGGCUGUGAGCUGUAUAAAAUGUAUGAAAAUAAUAAAUAAAUAAUACAUAGUGCUUUACAUACUUUAUAACUUUGAUUGAUAUCUUUCUAAAUAAGUAAUCAAUAUAAUAUAGGUAGAUUAUUAUUCAUUGUCUCCAUAAAAUAUUUAUUUCAACCUCCAAUUAGAGCGGGCAAAUUGAAUUUAACAUUUAAGUACUUAAUACCUAUUACAUUUAUGAAGAAUCAUGAGUAAAAAAAUUUCUUUCGGUAAAAUUACACUUAAUUUUCAAAAAGAAACGAAAGAUGAUCCUUCUAUAUCUGGGUUUGGUACAUUCGGACGCACCCCAAUUCAAGAACAGAAAGAAAUUGAAACAAUUGCCGAGGACUUAGAGAAUCAGCAUGUACACAAAGUAAUGGGUAUUAAAAACUUCGGAAAGAAGGCUAAACAGUUUGAUGUUGAAGAGAUGGUGGAACGUGCUAGGAAGACAGCCCAAGAAAAUGCAUUGCAGAAGCCAGCACCUCCUGAUGAUAUAAACGCAGUGAGUGUAAUUAGGCCCGUACCAAAAGAGUCAACUCACAGUGAGAGUGAUGAUGAACUGAUAGGUCCACCUAUACCUACCAGUCUUACUAGUAAAAAAACAAGUGAGGACAAAAAAUCUGGUGAUGAUAGCUAUGGUGAGCUUAGUGGAUCAGAUGAUGAAGAUUUGCCAUUGGAUAAACAAAUCCCUUAUACACAUGAGGUUGAAAUGCUACAUGGCUGCAAAGCAGUUGUGGCUCUAGCAGUGGACCCCUCAGGUGCACGGUUGGCAACAGGAUCUAUUGAUUAUGAUGUCUCAUUCUGGGAUUUUGCUGGCAUGGAUUCAUCAAUGCGGUCUUUUCGCACACUGCAGCCCUGUGAGAACUAUCCCAUAAGAGCCCUACAGUACUCGGCGACUGGGGACUCCAUACUGGUAGUUAGUGGAUCAGCUCAAGCGAAAGUGCUGGAUAGAGAUGGGUUUGAAGUUCUGGAAUGUGUCAAGGGUGAUCAGUACAUCAACGAUAUGGCAAAAACAAAAGGUCACACGGCUGCCCUCAAUAGCGGCUGCUGGCACCCCCAAAUCAGAGAAGAGUUCAUGACGUGCUCCCAAGAUGGAACACUCAGGUUAUGGCUCACAGAUAACCCUAAACAGCACAAAUCUGUAAUCAAACCUCGGCAGCAAGGAGGUUUGAAAACUAACCCGACUUCUUGCAUUUUCUCUCGAGACGGAAACGUCGUAGCAUGCGGAUGCUACGACGGCUCGAUACAAAUGUGGGACCAUAGAAAGAACUUCGUCAACACAUCUACCUUAUUAAGAGAUGCACAUCAAAAGCAAUCCGAAAUAACCAGCAUCUCAUUCUCUUACUUGGGCAAUCACCUCUCAAGUCGAGGAAAUGAUGACACACUAAAAUUGUGGGACUUAAGGGCUUUCAAGAAACCUCUGCAUGUUUUCGGAGGCCUCUUUUCCAGAUACGAGCAAACAGAUUGUGGCUUCAGUCCUGAUGAUGCGAUGAUAUUCACUGGGGAGUCAUUGCAACGAAAUCAAGAUACAGGAAGACUGUUAUUUUACAAUGUUAAAACAUUUGAGAAAGUAACGCAAAUGGAUGUGACAAAGUCUCACGUGAUAAAAGCUGUGUGGCAUGCCAAGUUGAAUCAGAUAUUUGUGGGUUGUGGUAAUGGAGUUGUGAAGUGUUAUUAUGACAAUAAACGUAGUUUGCGUGGGGCUAAGCUCUGUAUAGUCAAAACUCAUAGAAAAAAACAGUCCGUAGAGAUUGUAAGCUCGCAACAAAUAAUAACACCACAUGCAUUACCCUUAUUCAAACAAGAGAAACUUCGGACUAGUAAGAAGAAAAUGGAAAAAGAUAGGCUAGAUCCUGUGAAGUCUCAAAGACCGGACCUUCCUAUAACCUCGGGUCAGGGUGGUAGGGUAGCUGCUUCGGGAAGUACGUUAAGUUCUUUUGUUAUCAGGAAUCUGGGUUUGAGCAAACGUGUAGAUGAUGACCAGGAUCCAAGAGAAGCUAUACUGAAGUAUGCUAAAGAGGCAGAGGAGAAUCCGUUCUGGGUGGCUCCGGCAUAUAAGAAGACACAGCCGAUGCCGAUAUUUACUAAUGAUGAAGAUGGGGCGUCUGAUGCUAAGAAACCUAAGACAGAAAAAUAAAUUUUAUUUAAAGUA